AUGUCGGACAAUAACAUCCCUCUUGAAAUACAAAUGGAAAUCAUUCAAAGAAUCCCUGAUAUCAAAUCAGUGAUUCGGUGCCGAUCGGUGUCAAAGGCAUGGAAGUCUAUGAUCGAUAGCAAAGAGUUUGUUACCGCUCAUACCCUCCGCCAUCCGGCGAAACCUCAUCUUCUUAUAAGGAAACGAGAUUGCAAUGACGGACAGGUAAAAUAUGUGUCCAUUGUCGAUGAUGACACUUUCCCGAAUCAAAAGGUUAGUGUGUUUGUUCCGGAUUCGGUUAACAAAUUUAGUCCUGAUUCAAAAAUAGUCGGUAGUUCUCAUGGCCUGUUUUGCGUGUACGAUGAUAAAAUGAGUAAUGUUGUUAUCUGGAACCCGUCGUUGAGAAAAACUGUUGACAUUGCAGUACCAAAUGUGUCACGCGAAAAGUCCUAUAGGACUAUUGUUGGUUUUGGUGUUUGUCCUGGCAAUCUUGACCCGAAGCUUGUCAAGAUUAGAUAUGUUUCUGAUUGGAGUAAAUUAAAAGAUGUAAAUACUAGCACCCAAGUUGAGGUAUUUACGUUAAGUAGUUCGGGAGGGAUUUGGAGAAGUCCGUUAAAGUUGCAAUGUCCCUCAUAA